AUGGCUAGCUCGGGCAGCAGCAAUGCCUCUCCAUUUGGAGGCGCCGAGGAAGAUGAAUCUGGCAUAAUAUCAACUCGAGGACUGGAAGCCUUUGGAAGAAAAGUCACCACCACGGCAGGACAUCUCAUGGGUCCUCUAGAUGCCUCAUCGAGUACCCAUUACCACAAUGCAAUGAGCGACUUGCACAAGCAAUUGCGAAGACCAAAUCUCCAGAGAAGUGUCUUCUCGUUCGCAAAGACGAGCCCGACUGAUCUUGUUCGUUCGAAGCUGUCUACUUCAGAGAUACAAUAUCGUGCUCUUACAUUUCUCCCGGACGAACUCUUGAGGAACAUUCCGGAUGACGAGAACACAUACUCACUGUUCCAGGGCUUCCAAGCCACUUUACCCACCACCAGUCCUUCCAAUAGUCCGAAAGGUAAAAAGCAUCAAAGGAAGGUUUCGAGAGGAAGGAAAUUACUUGAGGAUGACAAGUCGGAUUCCGAUUCCACACCCCCCUCGCUCUCGAAAUUGAAACGGGAACAAAAGAACUUGAACCACCAACUGGAAAUGAUGGGAAUACGGAAGAACAUGGCGAGCAGCGAGAUACAUGAAAUCGAUAGCAAAAUCUCAAAUCUCAAUUCCAUGCGAAAAAUUGUACUUGAUCGAUUAGCCGGACUGGAACAGGAGGAGGCUAUGUUGGAACAUGAUAUCCUUGAUGUUGAAACCAGACUCGAAGAUGCUCAGGAGCAGCUGGAAGAUGAGGCGGCACUGAAGGCGGAGGUUGAUCUUGAAGAGGUGGAUGAUCCUUCAAUUGAUGCCUCUUUUAUGUCUGAAUCUAUAUACGAGAAGUUACCCUCAGCUUCCAGCACACCGACAAAGGCUAAAAGGCACAAAACUAUACGACGGAAAUCCAUGCCAAUCUUACACGAACAUUUUGAGCCAGGGUCCAUGAUAAGAGAAAUUCAAGCCCAUGGAGAUAUGAUAACAGCACUCGACUUUGAUGUGCCAUUUGGAACGAUGGUAACAUCGGCCCUCGACGACAGUGUACGAGUAUGGGAUUUAAACGCCGGAAGAUGUAUGGGGUUGCUCGAGGGACACACCGCGUCUGUACGAGCGUUGCAAGUGGAAGAUAACAUCGUGGCAACUGGAUCCAUGGAUGCCACUAUUCGAUUAUGGGAUCUUAGUAAGGCUCGCUACGAGGUACCAGAUAACCGCAUAAACAAAAAGGAUGCGGAUGAAGAGGACCCUCUAGCAUUUGGGGAUGAAGAGGAUCAACCAUUUGAUCCUCCUGUAGGAACAAUGACUGACUGCCCCUUGUUCACACUAGAGGCUCAUGUAGAUGAAGUCACUGCUUUGCAUUUCAGAGGCGAUACACUCAUCUCUGGUUCAGCGGAUAAAACUUUACGGCAGUGGGAUCUUGAAAAGGGACGUUGCGUACAGACUCUGGAUGUCAUGUGGGCAGCAGCUCAGGCCUCUGCAACCAUGGGAUCUGGCGAGGGCGCUUGGAGGCAGACUGGUAAAGUUGCCGACACCUCGGCUGAUUUUGUAGGCGCUGUGCAGGUUUUUGAUGCUGCACUUGCCUGUGGAACUGCGGACGGCAUGGUUAGAUUAUGGGACUUGAGAAGUGGGCAAGUUCACAGAAGCCUGGUUGGUCAUACCGGACCUGUGACAUGUCUUCAGUUUGAUGACAUGCAUCUGGUUACUGGCAGUUUGGACCGAAGUAUUCGAAUUUGGGAUCUUCGAACCGGAGCGAUUCAUGAUGCGUAUGCCUACGACGGUCCUAUCACUAGUAUGAUGUUUGAUAGCCGCCGUAUAGUCUCUGCAGCCGAGGAAGACGUUGUAAAGGUCUACGAUAAGACAGAUGGUCGCCACUGGGACUGUGGCGCUGGAGUGACUGCACUUGACGAGGGUAAGACGCCUGCCAUAGUGGACCGAGUAAGAAUCAAAGACGGAUAUCUUACCGAAGGCCGCAGAGAUGGCGUUGUGGGAAUCUGGACGUGCUAA